AAAACUGCGACUGCGAGUGGGGCAGUUCUUGACAUCCAAGCACACUCGUUGGCGCUAGAAAUUCAAUUUUGCUGUUCCUAUCUGGUGUAUGCGGUAAAAAUGGACAAUGAUCAGCAACAGCAAAACUUAGCUCAAAGUUCUCCACAGGCUGUUGAUGAACAUGAGUUAUUUAUGGAGCUCUCUGAAAAUGAUUUUCUCUUUGAGAAAAAGAAGAAAUUAUUAGAAGUCAAAGGUUUUGAUCCCAAGAUAAAAGUUAAAAUCAAGAGUGAUUGUAGCAUCAAGUUGGUGAAAUCUGUUUUGGAAGAGAUGCUUCAGAUGGCAAGAAUCAUACACUCGGAUGAGGUUGAUCUUUACUUUGGAGGUAUUGAUGCUUUUCGUCCAGUGGGCUUUUGCAGUCCGAGGAAUGAACUAGAGUCUCUCCGUUCAAUCUUAUCUAUUGUUGAUAGCUCAGUGUCGAAUGGUGAACAAAUAAGACCAAAAGUCUUCCAAGAUCUUAGGAAUGCAACUCUAGAUAUGAUCCAUGAAUUUGGGAGCAAUAUUGGAAAGGAUGCUCAAAUUCUUGCCAACUGGAACUUAGACAGGGAGAAAUGUUUACUACAGUGGGGCAAAAGCAAUGGCGUUAAGGCUAGACUUGAUAUAGCUUAUAUUGAAGGAGCUGGAAGGGGAGCCAUAGCAAGAGAAGAUCUGACGGUUGGAGAUAUUGCUUUGGAAAUCCCUGUGUCUAUCAUCAUUUCAGAGGACCUUGUUCAUAAAACGAAUAUGUUUCCAGUACUAGAAAAAGUUGAGGGCAUCUCCUCCGAGACAAUGUUGUUAUUGUGGAGCAUGAAAGAGAAGCAUGACAUCAAUUCAAAAUUUAAGGUUUACUUUGAUGCUCUUCCAGAAGCAUUUAAUACAGGGUUAAGCUUUGGAAUUGAGGCGGUCAUGGCUUUAGAUGGAACAUUGUUGCUAGACGAGAUAGUUCAAGCAAAGGAGCACUUGCGCUCUCAGUAUGAUGACUUGGUUCCCUCUUUAUGCAAUGAACAUCCUGAUAUAUUUCCUCCAGAGGUGUACACAUGGGAUGAAUUCUUAUGGGCUUGUGAGCUAUGGUACUCAAAUAGCAUGAAAGUGAUGUUCAGUGAUGGGAAAGUAAGGACAUGCUUGAUUCCAAUUGCAGGGUUCCUCAAUCAUUCGAUAUCCCCACACAUAAUGCAUUACGGCAGGGUGGAUAGUGCUACAAAUUCUUUGAAGUUUCCCCUUACAAGAUCAUGCAGGGCAGGAGAAGAGUGCUAUCUUAGUUAUGGCAACUUGUCUAGUUCUCAUUUGAUCACUUUCUAUGGGUUUUUACCCAAAGGAGAGAAUCCCUAUGAUGUCAUUCCACUUGAUAUCGAUCUUUCUGAGGUUGAUAGCACAGAAGAGGCGCAUCCGAUAUCUAAUUGGUCUACUCAUAUGGUGAGGGGUACAUGGCUCUCGGAUAAUCAUGCAAUCCUCCAUUAUGGGUUGCCGCCUCCUUUGUUAGAACAUCUCCGUCAAGCUCGUUCUCUGAUGUUACAAUCAAAUAUUACUGCACAAGAAAACUUAGAGAGUGAAUUAGAAAUUCUUGAAGACCUUCAAUCUACUUUUGAUGCCAUGAUGCAAAACUUGGGUGAGAGAGAACCGUUAGUCAGUGAAAACUGUGAUUGGGAUGUUAAGCUAGCACUGGACUUCAAAGACUUGCAAAGACGGAUCAUUUCAUCGAUUGUAACUUCGUGUCAUGCUGGUCGAAAGUUGGUGGAACAUGAGUUGCAAAACUGCACCAACAAUGGUUAGUUCAAGAUUUGGUUUAUAUGAGGCAUACAUGACAUGGAGAGGUUGCAGGUCUAAAAACUUCAAAUGUUCGGGUCAGCUUGCAUGCAUCUCAACUAAUUCCAUGGUGAUAUGAGUUAAACAUCCAAUGAAACCACCUCCGGUGACUAGAAACAGUUAAGCUACCUUAAGGGCUUUGUAGGUCUACAAACUUGGUGGUACUUUUUGUAUACUUCCUUUAAUGUUGUAUUGCAAAAGAACAUUUAUUGCGUCUCGUUCUCCGUAUUCAUAGAAUAUCAUGUUUUACAUUGAAAC